AUGUAUCAACAGGUUGAGUUGACUGUUGGUUAUUUGCCUUGGAAAGGUAUGAAAGAUAAAGAUGAAGUGGGUAAAUGUAAGCAGCUUUGUCGACAAGAUGAAUACAUAAAAGAGCUGUUUGGUGGCUGUCCACGAGAGUAUAUCAAAAUUAUGCAGAUUAUUGAUGCUACUAGAUAUUAUUCAAAGCCAGAAUAUGCGAAUAUAACUGGACUUAUGAAUGAUGCCAUACGAAACAAUAAAGUGUUCGAGUAUCCGUAUGAUUGGGAGAACUAUCUGAAACCAGCAAGUCUUGUUAAAACUCAAGAAGAAAUUAUUAGUUAA